AAUUUAUCACUUCCGGGUUAGCUUCUACUCCAACGCUGUGAAGCACAGAACUUAUGCUAGCUGUUUGGGGUUUUGCGACUACAAAAUGUAUCUAUCUGUCUGUCUUUAAUGAAAAUAUAAGAGACAUUGGUGUGAAAUGACCGGAGAAGUUGGUUCUUCUGUUUUUUUGUGAGGAGCAGGAAUAGCUUCGGCUGGAGUUCUGAAGAUGAUCGAACCCGACGUCCUGACGGAGGUCCCAGCGGCGCUGAAGCGCUUGGCCAAACAGGUCGUUCGCGGCUUUUACGAGGUGGAGCACGCCCUGGCGCUGGACGUGCUCAUCCGUAAUCCCUGCGUGCGCGAGGAGGACAUGCAGGAGCUGCUCAAGUUCGACCGCAAACAGCUGCGCUCUGUGCUCAACACCCUGAAGGCAGACAAGUUCGUCAAGUGCCGCAUGAGAGUGGAGACGGCUCCUGAUGGCAAGACGACGAGGCACAACUACUAUUUCAUCAACUACAGAGUUUUGGUCAACGUAGUCAAAUACAAACUGGACCACAUGCGACGGCGCAUUGAGACGGAUGAACGAGAUUCCACCAACCGGGCCUCCUUCAGGUGUCCCUGCUGCUCCUCCGCCUUCACCGACCUGGAAGCCAACCUGCUCUUUGACAUGAUGACAGGGACGUUUCGCUGCACCUUCUGCCAGACUGAGGUGGAGGAGGACAGUUCUGUCUGUCCCGACGGCAGGACUCUGGUGGCUCGAUUCAACGAGCAGAUCGAGCCCAUCUACGCGCUUCUACGUGAAACCGAAGACGUCAACUUGUCCCAUGACCUGCUGGAGCCGGAGCCCGCAGAGAUCCCUGCUCUCAAACAGAGUCGGGAACGCGCAGCGGCGGCGGCGGCAAACGCCGCCGGUGGACAGCACCGGGAGGCUUGGUCCACCAAGGGAGCGUCCUAUUCAGACCUGUACACCCAGAACGUGGUCAUCAGCAUGGACGAGCAGGACGCGCAGCAGAAGGCGAUCGGCGAGGCCAAGGCCCUGAAGGAGCGGCCGGUGUGGUUGACCCAGAGCACCGUCCAGGGGGCUUACAGCGACGCAGACGCCCUCAAGAGCGAUGGAGCCGCUCUGCCUGGGGCUCAGGACGGAGCUGCAGCUCGCGAUCAGACAGACGAAAACGAGGAGGUGAUGCGCGCCCUCCUCAUCCACGAGAAAAGGGCCGGCGCAGGACCAGGGGUGGGCGGAGCCGGCGCCUCCUCCAGACCUGCCGCGUCCUCCGCCCUCAACGCCAGUGACUCAGAGAGCGACACCAGUGAAUCAGAUGACGAGUUCCCCGCAGGUCCUCCUCCCAUCGCAGCCGCACGGCGCCCAGAGGAGGACGAAGAGGACGAGGACGACUUCGAGGAGGUGGGGGACGAGCCCAUGGUGAUGGUGGGAGGUCGGCCGUUCUCCUACAGGGAGGUGAGCCAGAGGCCCGAGCUGGUGGAGCAGAUGUCUGCGCAGGAGAAGGAGGCUUACAUCGAAAUGGGACAGAACCUUUUCCAGGACAUGUAUUUCUGAGCCCGGCUCACACCCAGUGUUCAUCUGAUGGCGGCGGCUGGAGGACCUGUGCACACGUGCACGUGUUUAAACUUUAGCAGAGGAAAGCUGUCAUCUGUUAGGGAGGUGUCCCUCCUGCAGUAUUUUAUCCAUCUGCAGUGUUUGGAAAGAUGAUGUCCUCAACACAAACAUCCUGGUGGCAGAUCCACCCAAAGUCUGUCUGCAGCCUUUACAGCUUCCUGUCUCCUUUUUGGGAGGAGGAAGAGGAGUUGGAUUGGCUGCUGAAGGACUUCUUCAGAGUUGAGACUCCUUCAGCAGCGAUGCCGCUCAAAAGACAGGAUUAAAAAAAAAAGUCUAAAUUAGUUCCACACAGAGUUUUAUAGCAGUGAUUUACAGUUAGAUGCUGAGAAUAAAAGUCAGUGUGGGUUCAGUAUUAAGUGAAAACAUGUUCAGAGUUACAUCCUUUUUUUCCAUUGCAUUUUGUCUUCAUGCUGCGUUCUUAAAUUUCCUGCUAAAAUGCCAAACUUGCAGUUUGUGGGAAUCAAAGCAGUGGAUGGCAGCGGCUAAUUUCCCUUUAAUACGAGUUUUUUGUCAAUAAAACUUUUGUUCUGAAG